UAUUAAUAAGUAUGGCUUCCAGUGUGGUUAGGCCUACCUUCUAUAGCCAGAUAAACAGACAUGAUCUGCCACUAUAGACAGAAGAUAUUGGUAUACAGACUAUCUUGUAUUUAAGGUAGCAAGUAGUCAUGGAAACUUUACAGCGACACAAUCUUCGACAAAACCACAUUACCUUGGUUGAUGACCUUGACCCCCGUGCUAUCAUAGACGAUUUGUUUGAAGAUGAAGUCCUGACUGAGAAUGAUUGUGACCGUAUCAAAGCUUGUAAUACAAGGAAAGAGCAAUGUCGUUUACUGCUUACAUUGCUCCCAACACGUGGUCCAGCAGCGUAUGGCUCGUUCCUGAAAUCUUUGACCGUGAACCACGACCAUUUGGCAAAUUUACUGAAAUGUUCGGUGCAGCAUAUGAAAAAAGGGAGUGAGUGUAGCCAGGUAGAAUAUGGCAACAUGCCGCCUGUGUAUUCGUAUAUAGCUGGUGACUCUAGGAAAUGCAGCGAAACAGAAACGCAAGUAGAUGCUGCUGACCUUAUUAAAGGUGAUCUUGUCGAAGCGUGUUCCAAAUGCAGUCCAGACAUUCCAAAAUUCGCGUUUCCGCAAUUAGAGGUCGUUAUCAAAAACAAUUGUUGUCUUAUUCUUGAAAAUGUAGAGGCGAAAGAUCUGUUAGACAUACAUUAUCAAGAGUAUGUGUUUGGAGACGAGGAGUGUGAAAGAAUCAAGAGCGGGAAAACACGUUCAGAAAGAUGCAUCAUCUUCAUUUCGGAACUGUCGAAGCGCACUAGUAAUAAGGUCAUGUCAGUAUUCACCAGAUCGUUAGAGAAAAAGUAUGGAUAUAUUAUCAAGGAAAUAAAGAAAACGUCAUUCUGUGCAACUAGUAACGUACUAUCAACACCAACCGUAGCCGACAUUCACCAACCAAUCGAUGCCGAAUUCCCGAGAUCAAUUGGCGAUGUCAUUAGACGACCAAUUCUCGCUGAGGUACUUCAUAGAGGAAUCACAGCUUGUGUGGCAUACCCUGGGAAGCUAAGCUCCUCCGUUGAUUGUCAACCUCAGUCUUUACAUUUCAAUGACAAACAGCUUGAAAGCAUCAAUUCCACUCAGUAUGGAGAUACGCUAGCCGAUGACGACAAUCAUUCUUUACCUAAGGAGCAAACAAGUCCUUUUGAUCGAUUCAAAUCACUCACAAACGUAUCACCACCUAAAUCAUCCUUCAAAUUCUCUCAGGAACGUCACAAGGAUUCUGAAGACGUAGAAUGGAUGGUACGACGAAAUCGUCAUUUGAAAAGGGAGCGCAAGUUGUUUGACAGAAGGUCCCAACAAGUGUUUCCUGGAUAUGAAGACAACGUUCCUGAUAACAGAUUGCAUGGUUCCUGUCCAACAGUGCUCGUUAACGAGACAAAAACUAACGUAUGCCUCCAAAAACAGUCUUUCGAAACAGAUUGGAAAGAGGAGGAAACCGAUGAAACACACGCGGCAUUGGUUGGUGAUGUAGACAAUGCACCGUGUCGACGUAAACGCGAACAAAUACGCAGCGUCUCCGAACAUCAGCCGUCCACUUCUAAAAGUCUUCGCACCGACUUCUUCUCCAAUAAAGGGACAGAAAACAUUCAAAUGGACAAUAAAUUGUCCGAUAACGUAUAUCCUAUCACUACCAAUUCCUAUAAUUGCCGUAGAAAAGCAUCGGAAAGUCCAAAACAGCAAUCAGAAUCCGAAAAACGGCGAGAUUUACCGAACCUAUCUAAUCUGUCGGCGUUAACCUGCAACCCAGGAUCAAUGGAACCGCACGAGUUGAGGACAAGGCGUCUAGAGGUUGCGUUCAAUGCCCUCAGCACAAUGAUCAAUCAAGGUCAUUUCGAGAAGUUUGAAAGGUUUUCAGUGAACAUCAAGCUCAAGUACGUCCACGACUUCGACAUGAUGUGCAUAUUAGACUACCUCCACGCCAGUCGUGAUCUUUUCAUCGCUGACGUAGACUCUGCCAAAAAACACAUCAACACAGGCUUACAACGAGUUGCAAAGACGAGCAAUCCAAAAUACUUCACACUUGAACUGUUCUCGGCGCAAACGAGAAUGUACCUAUCUCAAAAAAAGCUACAAAAACUUGAAAACACGCUCGCCGAUGCAAAGAUGAUUAUCGAAACAGAUCCUGUGGGAUGUUCCGGUAGAGCAGCGGGUUGGCUGUACAUGAAUGACGUAAGAGACAUUUCAUGUCAACUAGUCAUGCUCAACGUUCACCGACCCAAUUACACUGCUGUAUACAAGUAUCUUCAUGGUAAAGCCGUGAACAGUUGUAAAAGGGCUCUGGACAAUUUCAAUCGUGACGGAGGAAAGGACGGGCCAUUUGGAAUCGGGUUUGCGUUAUGUCGUUUAGCAAUUCUGUUAUUAAGGUGUGGGGAUAACGGGCUAACGAUGGACGUGCAACAACCAGACAUUGAUGAUAUAGAAAUGGCGGGAAACUACCUCCGCCAGUUAGAGGACUCUGAUAUCGCCAUACCAAAGAUCCUGGAGGUUCACUACCUUAUUGCCAAGUGUGAUCUCCAGUACCGCAGGAGUAACUCGGUCAGGGCUCUAGAGCACGCAGAAGCGGCAUACAGACUCGCCACGGAAAUCAACAUGCUGGAAUUCACUGAACAUGCUCACAACAGAGGGGUUUUCCUAAGGUCAAUGCCUGUAUUUAGCAAGGCGGUGGGUGAAGAGGAAGUAUCACGGAUACUGUUUGAUGAUUCUGCCGACAGCUUCGAUGAAUCUGCUGAAGAAUACCCAUGAACAAUAUAGUAUGUUAUUGACAUUUUAGAAUUAAAUUAUGUCUCUGAGGGGCCGUAUACUGGUAUGGUCGUCCGUUAAACAUGUCGUUUCCAUGCACUAACUUUCCUACAUAUGAUGGAAUUUCAUGAUACUUAGUCAGCAUAUUUACCUUAGGCUAAUUUUAGACUAACAGAUUGUACACGUAUUCAUAUCUCAAUAGCACAUCCCUAAAUAUGAAACCUCAUAAGACAGACGCCAUGAAAGAUAGUUAUAUGUCUCUUUUCAUAGCUAAUUUGUAUGGCUAUCCAUGACUGUAGAAUUCUAUUUAUCAUACUUAUGUCACCAAGACGCCAAUGACCAACUGUUUUGAACACAUAAGGAAGGGUGAGUACAAUGUCCUAUAAGUAUGCGACCUUCUUUAUUCGUUCUUCCGUAGACGGGUCGUAUUAUGAUGUGACCUUGAUCUGUCUGUCUGUUUAACCUUUUUUUCACGUAAUAAUUUUCCAAAAUAUCGUUCGAUUUGAAUGAAAUUUGGCCAGCAACUUUAAUGUAUAAAGACUAAAGCACAUUACACUUUCAGUGAACUCUGUUCAUAGCUUAUGAACAUUUUUCUUCGGCUUGGUUCAUUCAUUUCACGCUCUAUGGAACUGUAGUGUUGAGACGUCAUACAUACAAGGUCAUAAAUCACGGUCACAAGUCAAACGACUAUCAUUGGAGCUAUUGUUAUAACUGUAUACAUGUGCACCAUGUCAAUCUUUAUCAACAUAUAAAUUCACUAAGCUCCGGGGUAUCCUUUGUAUACCAAAUUGUUUUGUCUCUGUAUCUGCCUUAUUAUGACUGCUGAUGAGCGCGUCGCGCGCCCUCAUGCUCUUGUUACGGGUUUGCUAUACAUACUAUAUGUAUUCCUAGAUUUAACAUGUCUACUUUUUAACUGAAGAAUACUCAAAAGAGGUAUACAUACUUUGUAUAUCUGUAAAAUGACAAUCAAUAUGUUUCGAAUGCAUAGCGUGUAAUAUGAUGGUUUGUUUUGUUAUUUUGUUUUGCUUUGAGAUAUAUAUUAUGAAUUUCUUUUGUUUGUUGAUUUUUUAACAUUUUUGAAGGAUAUGAGAGUGAAUUCCUGAUUGAAAAAAAAAACACAAAAAAACCCCAAUUAAAUGUCUAAUAUUGGAACAAAACAGAUACGAGUUCUGCAUAAAAACAAGGAAGCUAUACCCAAAUGUUUUGUCUUUGUAUCUGCCUUAUUAUGACUGCUGAUGAGCGCGUCGCGCGCCCUCAUGCUCUUGUUACGGGUUUGCCAUACAUACUACAUGUAUUCCUAGAUUUAACAUGUCUACUUUUUAACUAAAGAAUACUCAAAAGAGGUAUAAAUACUCGGUAUAUCUGUAAAAUGACAAUCAGUAUGUUUCGAAUGCAUAGCGUGUAAUAAGAUCGUUUGUUUUGCUUUGAUAUAUAUAUUAUGAAUUUCUUUUGUUUGUUGAUUUUUUUAACAUUUUUGAAGAAUAUGGGAGUGAAUUCCUGAUUAAAAAAAGCAAAAAAAACCCAAUAAAAUGUCUAAUAUUGGAACAAAGCAGAUACGAGUUCUGCAUAAAAACAAGGAAGCUCUCGUUUUUGUCCUAAGGCAAUCAUGUUCACGACAUUUUGCCCAUGAAUUGGUAUCUUUCAUUUUAUUGUCUCAUUUUUUUUCUCCUUUUUAAUUAAUAAGUUAUAUUAUACCAUGCCUGAAAGAUGCGUUCUCGCAGAAUGUCGAAAACUCAUAUGAACUUGAUUCCUAUAAGAUGUACCGUACAGUGCAUCAUAAUCGCUGUGGCAGCGUACUGUGUUAAACUCUUCAGGACUGCGGACUGCACGGUAAAGUGUAAGUUUUGAGCGGCAAACAUGGUCGAAGAUCUGAACAACAUGUAUAAACUUGUGUUUGCAUAAUGGAUGAAUGUCAAUGCAACAUUUUGAUAUGAAUACAUGACUUCCUCUUAUUACGUUUUUUCUGUCAAAAGGUUUGUUAUGCAUCUUUCUUUUAAUCAUUUUCACUAUGCAUAGAAUACAUUUUUAACAAACUUUUUACGAAAUGGCGGAACAGACAUU